UUGUCACCCCUCAUAUAAGGUGCACCUGACCGUUGGUGAGGCCUCAUCAGUGAGGCAUUCCUGGUUUCUUGUAGCCAGUCAUGAAGACGACGUUUGAAGACUUGUCUUGUUUUUGUCAGCGAACUGGAGACUAAAAACUUUGUACUUCCACCAUUUGGAACGUGAACAUUUUGGAUUCUCGUCAUCACCUUUGGCUUCCUCGGGAGGCGCCUGCAGAAGUCAGAGGAGGUAGAGAGGAGAGGAAGACCAUGAGCGCUACGCACCACCACCACACCAUUAUCUCCCGCAACAGCACCUCCAAGUGGACCACCAGCUCCGGCUUCGGUUCGCCUGUGAACGCGUACCGGCCCUCCGAGCUAAAGACCGCCUCCGAAGCCUCGCCGACGGCGGUGAUGCCGCAUCGGUCCCCCCACCCAUUCCCCACGGUGGACGUGCCCGACCACGCCCACUACACCAUCGGCUCCGUCAUCCUCGCCAUCGGCAUCACCGGAUUGCUCGGCAACUUCCUGGUCAUCUAUGCUUUCAGCAGGAGCCGCAGCCUGCGCACGCCAGCCAACAUGUUCAUCAUCAACUUGGCCGUCACCGACCUGCUGAUGUGCGUCACGCAGGCGCCCGUCUUUUUCGCCAGCAGUAUGCACAAGAGGUGGAUCUUUGGCGAGAAAGCGUGUGAGCUGUAUGCGUUCUGCGGCGCGCUGUUUGGGAUCUGCUCCAUGAUCACGCUGACGGUGAUCGCCGUGGACCGCUACUUUGUCAUCACGCGACCCCUGACCUCCAUCGGCAUGUUGUCGCGCGAACGGGCCCUCGCAAUCCUGGCGGCUGCAUGGGUGUACUCGCUGGGGUGGAGCCUGCCACCCUUCUUCGGAUGGAGCGCAUACGUGCCUGAGGGGCUCCUGACGUCGUGCACGUGGGACUACAUGACCUUCACGCCGUCGGUGCGAGCGUACACCAUGCUGCUGUUUGUCUUUGUCUUCUUCCUGCCGCUCCUCGUCAUCGUCUACUGUUACGUCUUCAUCUUCAGAGCAGUCCGCAACACCAACAAGGCGGUGGGCAAAGUGAGCGGCAGCGGGGUGCACACCCACGUGGCCUCUCGUGACUCAGCCAAGUCCUUCCAGCGGCUGCAGAACGAGUGGAAGAUGGCCAAGAUCGCACUGAUCGUUAUUUUGCUCUACGUGGUCUCCUGGUCGCCGUACUCCACCGUGGCGCUCACCGCCUUCGCCGGGUACGCCGACAUGCUGACGCCCUACAUGAACUCUGUGCCUGCCGUCAUCGCCAAGGCCUCGGCCAUCCACAACCCCAUCAUCUACGCCAUCACGCACCCCAAGUACAGGGUGGCGUUGGCCAAGUAUAUCCCGUAUCUCGGCACACUUCUGUGUGUGCGGCCCCUGGAUCUUCGUUCGGCCAGCAGCAGUUUUGUCUCCACACGGCGCUCCACUGUCACUAGCCAGAGCUCUGACAUCAGCGCACACUUCCGACGAGCACACAGCAAGAGCCGCCUCUCCUCUGCCUCCGACAGCGAAUCGGGCUUAACAGACACGGAGGCGGACCAGUCCAGUCUGAGCUCUCGCCCCGCCAGCCGCCAGGUGUCCUGCGACAUCAGCGGGGACACGGCAGAAUUCUCCGAAUUCAAACCAUCGUCCAGCUUCAAGGGGAAAAUGAAAAAUCACGAUUCGGGAAUCUUUGAGAGGGCAUCGUUUGACAUGGACAUUUCCACGACUGGCGUCAGCGAACGCAGCGGCAUUCCAAACCAGAGCACCGACGUGGCCGACAUUCACGUGAGCAGAAGUGUGCUAAGUCGCAUCCCGAGCAUCGUCAUUACCUCCGAGUCCAGCCCCUUCCUUCCCAUUGGACGCAGCGGGUCACGCUCUGCCCGCGCCAAGGCCACCUACAGCAGCACCGGGGUGGGCUAUGGGUGAGCCACGUCCUAAACCGCCUGCUUUCCAUCCACCUUCGAAACACACACAAAGCCACAACGAGAAGUAUUACUUCUGUCAGUUUCGUCAAAAUAUUCCAAUCACAAUUACAUUUUCCAGAAAUAAAACUUCAAGUAUUUACAUUUAACAAAAUGUUUUCAAUAGUUAUCAACAGGACGUUUAAUGUGAUUUUGUGUUUUGAUGACAUUGUGAGCGUGAGGGUAACGUGACUUGAUUGUGUUGUUAUUUUACUCAAUAUAUUUGUGUCAUUUCUUCUGUUUGAAUGUUUCCUUGAUAACAAACGUGAGUUGUGAGCCUGGCUUGGAACUGUUGAUGGGCCUCUGUCAGAGCAAACAAGCAAUAAGAUGUUUUCAUUUGCUUGCUCGUGUUGUCACAAGUCAAGUAUUUUAUUUUAUUUUUCAUAACUUUCUAAACCUAAAAUGUAAAAGUAAUACACUGUGUAAAAUCA